UUUAAAACGGUAGUUGGUACCGUACUAUUUAUUUAUCACGUAAUUAAGUUAAAUAUAAAUUAUAAUAUUUCUGCUUGCAAAUGUGGAUUGUGGCCUAGUAAUUCUAAGUUUGUCAGUUAUAUAUUAUAGUACAGAAAGUACCCUGUGGGCUUUCAAAAAAAAUAAUGGGAAGACACAGGGAUUGGAGAAAAAUUGCCAAGCGGGAAAGAAGACGAAAAAUUCGUAAACAUAAUGCCAAGAAUAGAGAUUGCUGGCCUUCUCCAUCCUGUAAUGAAUAUAAACAAUGGAUAAUUGAUCAAGAACUUUUAGAACAACAAGAAAUUGAACAGAUUGAAGAAGACAAUCGUAGAGAAAAUGAAAAAUGGUUGCAAGCUGAACUUAUUACAAUCACAAGGAUUAAGAAAUUUGAAGCAGAGAGGCAAAGAAAUCUUCAAAAACAAUUAGUAGCUGAGGCUAAAAUGCGAGAGGAAUGGGAGGAAGAAAAGUUGCGAAGAGAAAAAGAAUCACAAAGAUUAAAACAAAUUGAAGAAGAAAACCUUGCAAGACAAGCAAAGUUCUUGAACAGCUUAGAAGAGUUUCUGAAUGGCAACUUAUCAGAACCCCCCGAGGGGCUGUCAACAUACCGUGAAACUAAACCAAAUAUGGAGCUAUGUCCGUUCUUUGUCAAAACAUCUUGUUGUCGUUUUGGAGAUCAAUGUUCACGAAACCAUCAGUAUCCUGCGAUUAGUAAUAUACUCCUAGCAACAAAUUUCUAUGUCCAUUUUGGAUUAGAGAAUGCCAAUUUUAAUGAGUAUGACACAGAUGUAAUGUUAGAAUAUGAGGAAAGUGAAACAUCCAGGCAUUACAAGGAUUUUUUCUAUGAUGUACUACCUGAAUUUCAAAAGCAUGGAAAGAUUACACAAUUUAAGGUAAGGUAAUAUUAAAGAAGAAAAGCAAUAGAUGAAACCUCAGUACAACUGUCAUAGUUUGGAUGGAUGAAGCUAUAUCAGCCGUACAAUUGUAUUGUAUCCUUUAAACAAGAAUCGUAAUAUUUUCAUUUGUGAUACCAUAUCUAUCUCCAUACACUACUCCAUACAACUACAUGGACUUUGUUUUCACUCUAAGUACCUACAAAAAAAUUGUAUAUUACCAUUUUUCUUUACUAAUAAAGGCAUAAAAGGGCAUUUAUUUUCUCAAAAUUGAUUCCUUUAGAACUCUUUUUGAUGUCAUUUCUAAUAUUACUAUUAAUAAUAAUAAUAUUGACACACUUUUUACACAAAUUAUCUUGCCCCAAAUUAAGCAUAUAGCCUGUGUUAUAGGUUGCAAGACAACAAUAUAUUUAAUACAAUAUACUUACUUAAACAUACAUAUAAACAUACAUAAAUACUACUAAGUAAUUAUUUUUACUAAUAAUUUAUUUGAUCACUUGAUCAGUCUAUUAAGACAUUGUCAGCAAUUUGACCUCUCUCACAAUGUCUUGCAUGUACAAUAGAUAUUUAUGCUCUUGUAUCUUUAUGCCAGCCAACAAUUGCAUGCAAGCAUGGGGAUUACUUGAUCACCCAUGCUCAUUUGUUAAGUAUGGCGACAACUAACAAUUCUUGCAACUUGCUGCGAAUAAUUUUUUAAAUAAUUCAUUAGAUACCAUUUAUUAAAACACUAGCUGACCCGACAGACGUUGUUCUGUAUAUAAUAAAUAAAAUAAUGUUUUUAUAUGAAUUUGUCAAUAAAUAUAUCAUAACAUCAAAAAUUACUUCGUAAAAUAUGCACCCUGCUGUCGUAAUGAAAUUGUUUCACAGCAGAACUGUCAAACCGUGCGUCAAUAAAUUCUCUCAUAGAAAUUAUGUAUGGACACAUCAAAGGAAAAACAAAUUUGUUUUUUUGACUUAAUUUAGCAGCAUUUUCCUAUUUAUUCACCUUUUAAACCUUCUCUGGACUUCCACAAAUAAUUCAAGACCAAAAUUAGCCAAAUCGGUCUAGCCGUUCUCGAGUUUUAGCGAGACUAACGAACAGCAAUUCAUUUUUAUAUAUAUAGAUUAUGAAUCAUCAUAAUCAUCAAGAAAUUUCACUUGCUUCACAUUAAUGUCUGGAUAAUCCUUGUGGAAGCACAAGCAAGUGUUUUGGAUGAUGAAGCUUUUUAGAAUAAUCUGCUUGCUGUAUUUCCAAACCAAACUGACUUAGAGACCUAAGACAGCCAAGCUGAGAGCAUAUUCCCAUUUCAUAGACCUGCAGGUCAUAACUUGCCCAUUUGCCCCUUUUAUGUCCAGAGCAGCUCGAAUUUUCGGGGACCCAGUGCUCUGUGAACGGCUGGAUCACUUGGCGUUGCGUAGAGACGUCGCUUCAUUGUGUGUCUUCUACCGCGUUUAUCACGGGGAGUGUUCCGAAGAGCUGUUUAACCUGAUUCCUGCCGCUGAAUUCCACCUUCGCACGACACGGCAGUUAGGAUAUCAUCCACACCAUCUGGAUGUGUGGCGGUCCUCCUCAGUGCGGUUGUCAAGGAGCUUUCUUCCACAAAGCUGUGAAAUGACCUUGUGUGGUGUUUCCGGGACGAUUCGACAUGGGUAACUUCCAAAAAAAGCGCUAACACCUUCCUUGCCGGCAACGCUCCUGUGAUUCCUCUGGUGUUGCAAAAGAAUGGGGGCGGUGAUGAUCACUGAACACCAGGUGACCCGUACGCUCGUUUUUCCUCCUAUUCCGUAAAAAAAAUACUAGCUUCUACCCGCGAUUUCUUCCGUGUUGAAUAGUUACCUAAGGCAUUUUUUUUAGAAUACUUUUCUAAUAAUACACAUACAAACUCCCCUUUCCGCUGCUGGUAGAGUUCUUCAUAUUAUUCAGCUCAUAUCCCUUGUUUUUGUGGACAGUCUCUUUAAUAGUAUUUCCCUGUAAACUUUAAUCUCCUAUUUCAUCCCCAUGUAGGUCAAAGUUUCAUAAAUGCGCAAACAAAUGUUUAUAAAUUAUUUCGUAUCAAGUGCCUAAUAAAAAUUUUCAUGGUUUUAUCUUUGAUAAUGACGAAUUUCCAUACAAACUGCCAUCCCAUAUUUCAACCCAUCCAUUUAUUUUUUUUGCAAUUAAAGGUAGCCUUAAUGGCCUAAAUGUCCUUUUUCAAGCUCUAGUCUAUCUCUGUACAAAAUUUUAUCAAAAUCAGUUCAGUUAAUGUAACAAACAAACUUACAUUCACAUUUAUAAUAUUAGUAGGGACUUUAAAUGUUGGUAAUGAUGAAACUAAUAAAUAAAUUAUUAAUUGAAUGGAGAUUUUAAUUUGAGUCUUUUUUCAUAUGAACAAAUUAUACUUAACAUAUUGUUCUCAGGCACUUUAAGCUUUAUCUUUCAGCCAAUAAGGUGUGUAAUAAUUAUGAGAAACAUCUACGAGGGAAUACAUAUGUAGAAUAUUUAGAUAUCCGGAGUGCUGUACGAGCUUAUCGUGCACUGCAUUCGCGGUGGUAUGGUGGCAGGCAGAUUACCCUGCAAUUUUGCCAAAUAACUUCGUGG